AUGGCACUCCUCAAGGAUAUUCCAGUAGAGUCGAAGGCCAACAAACUUCCAGACGAGCUUGUACAUCUAGAAGACAAUUCACUUGUGGAACGAAUCACUACUCGAUCGGUUGAAUUAUACCGGGAUCAGCCGAAGGAGCUUCAAGUGAAAGCGGUGUUUCGCUGGUUCGAGGUCAUCAUACGUGAUGAUCAGGUCCGAGAGAAGAAACUGGUCAAUAUAUCCGCGAUCAAUCUCACAAAGAUGAGUUUGAACGUUGCUACGAUUAAGCAGAUCCUCAAAGGAGCUUUCAGCUUUGUGUACUUGGUGAGUGGCCUGCCCUCUGGUCAAAUUAGAGCUGGCCCCGGCGCAUCCGGAUAUCCGUUCGGAUUCGGAUAUCCGCUCACGUUUUCAGCAAAAUCAGACAUCCGCAUCUGCAUCCGCUGGCGGGUAUCCGCUGGCGCUGGCGGGUAUCCGCGCGGAUAUCCACGGAUAUCCGCCCCUUAA